AUGUCCUCACUUGGUUACCAAUAUGAGGCGAUUGUGAGAUCUACAGGAAUUCCGCGCAGGAGCGUAGUCAAUAUCAUAAAGAAGGCGAGGGAGAGAGGCUUCAAUCCGCAGCAGGAUCCACGCGUGCUUGAUCAUUUCAUUAUCGAUGGAUAUAAGCCUGGGAGACCAAAGGGGACAAAGGAGACUGCCGAGAGGGAGGGCCCCGCCGAUAUUCCUCAGGAUAGAGCCAGCCGUGAAGAAUCAUCCGGAUGA